GAGCCCGCGAGGGAGGCGGGGAGCGGACAGCCCCGCAGGGCAGCGCUGCCGCCGGGAACCGGAGCCGCCGCAGCCGCCGCCAUCGCCAUCGCCAUGGACCUAGGACCCUUGAAUAUCUGUGAAGAAACAACCAUUCUUCAUGGGGGAUUCCUGCUGGCCGAGCAGCUGUUCAGCCCAAAGGCUCUGGCAGAACUCAAGAAGUCUGACUGGGAGCAAGUUGGACAGCCCAUCAUUGAAGCCUUGCGAGAGAUCUCCUCUGCAAUUGCCCAGUCCCACCCCCAGGCCUGGACCAAGAAAGCUUUGAUCAUCAUCUGGGCCAAGGUCCUCCAGCCCUGCCCUGUCACACCUUCAGACACAGAUGCUCGGUGGCAAGAAGACAUCUUCUUCUCAGUGGGGAACAUGAUCCCCACCAUCAACCACACCAUCCUUUUUGAGUUGCUCAAGUCCCUCGAGGCAUCAGGGCUGUUCAUCCAGCUUUUGAUGGCCCUGCCUUCCAACAUCUGCCGCUCAGAACUGGAACGUUUUGUGGAGCAUGUGGCCAGCGACACAUCCUUAGAAGACGUGACCUUCUUUUUGGAUGUCUGGUGGGAAAUGAUGAAGCACAAAGUGGACCCAGAGGACCCCUUGCUCACCCAGUUUCGGACAAUGGCACACAAGUACCUAUCGUCUUCAGAUGAAUUCUCCCAUCCACCAAAGAGAUUCAAGGCCGACCCAGAUGCCUGCCCGAUCAUGUCUUUGUUGGAGGUCCUGCUGGAUGGCCUCAAGCAGAUCCAGAACAACAUCACGGCCCCCAGCCUGAAGUGCUGUGCCGUGGCUAACCUGGCCGACAUGCUCACCGUCUUUGCAUUGGUGGAGGAAGACCCUCAAGAGCUGUCGAUCACCGUGUACUUGGACAAGCUCGCAACGCUCAUCUCCCUGUGGAAUUCUGACACCCAGAACCCUUACCACCAGCAGGGCCUGGCAGAGAAGGUGAAGGAGGCCGAGCGGGACGUGAGCCUGACCUCACUGGCCAAGCUGCCCAAUGAGACGCUCUUCGUCGGCUUUGGGUACCUGCACAGCCUGCUGCAGCAGUGGGGGGAGGAGCUGCAGGCCAUGCUCAACAGCAGCGAGAGGCUGAGUUAUGGGAGCUAUCGCCUGUGUGACAGCCUGACCUCCUUCAACCAGAACCUGGAGGGCUACCGGGACACCAGGGAUCUCUCAAAGGAGGAGGGCCAGAUGGUCUCGGAGCUGGCCGAGUGCGUUAAGAACUUCCUGAGGAAGACCAACCCAACUCUGAAGGGCAGGAGCUCAGAGGACAUCACUGCCUCGAUCGCCAUGGCCAUCAUUGGGCAGAAGAUGGACCGGCACAUGGAGAUGUGCUACAUCUUUGCGUCUGAGAAGAAGUGGGCUUUCUCAGCCGAGUGGCUGGACUGCCUCGGAAGUAACAAAGCCCUUUUCCGGGAGCCAGGCUUAGUAAUGAAGCUGCUGGAAACAGUCACGGCAGUCAACACGUCAGGCCGAGAGGUCCCCCAGGCGCAGGCAGAAGAAGUCACUGACUUGAUUCUGGACUGUUACUCCGAGCUCUCUCUGCUGGACAAAAACAAAGUGCUGUCGGGCAUCUUGAGCUCCUGGGGGGGAAAGGGCCUCUCGGAGAAGCUGGUCACUUACAUGGAGGGUUUCCCGGAGGACCUGAACAUGGCAUUCAACCAGAUCACCCAGAGUGCCUCCGAGCAAGGCCUUGCCAAAGCCAUUGCGUCUGUGGCCAGGCUGAUGGUGCUGCACCCAGAGGCCACGGUGAAGAAGAUGUGCAGCCUCGCCAUGGUCAAUCUUGGGGCUCCCAGGUUCCUGGCACAGAUCCUGAGUGCCUUCCCUGCCCUCAGGUUCACUGAGGGAGAGCAGGACCUAAACUCAACCACCUCUCUGCUGGUGGCAUGUCUCAAAGAAACCAUCUGGGGGAAGCUUUCAUCAGCCAACGAGGAGAAGCAGUUUUUGGAGUUUCUUAGCUACCUAAUGGAUCCCCACAGCAAGAGACCAGCACUAUCCCCCUUGACCCCUCUUCUGGCGCCUGAGGAGGUAAUUAAAGUGUUUGUCCUACCUUACUUGACACUGCAUGUGGAAGAGGUGGACCUUUGUCUCAAGAUCUUCGUUCAGGCUCUAGAAGCAAAGCCACACUCUGAUGGCUCCUCGCUCCUUUCCUGUUCCCCAUUUCCCCUCCUCUUCACUCUGUGCCAGCUGCUAGACAGCUACACCAAGUAUUGGCAGCACCCCAAGGCCAAGCGGCACCUCUCACUGGACUCUAAAGAUUUGGUGAUUGGCAUCCUCGAGCAGCUCUGUGAGGCAAUGCUGCCCAAGGAGGACAACCCCAGUCCAGAGAACUGGACCAAGUCCUUGUCCUGGCUGCACCGGAAGACAGAGCAGCUUGACUGGACCGUGGGCCUGCGGCUUCGGACUGUCUUUAAGGGUCAUUUUAAGUGUGAAGUGCCAGCCACACUCUUUGAGAUCUGCAAGCUUUCUGAGGACGACUGGACCUCACAGAAUCACCCGGCCUAUGGGCCUGGCACGGGCCUUCUGGCCUGGAUGGAGUGCUGCUGUAUCUCUGUUGACACUUGUGAGCACAUGCUCUCCCUCCUAGCUGUGGACACGGGCAACCCCGAGGAGGUCAGCUUCUUCAGCAAGGGCUUCCUCGUGGCCUUGGUGCAAGUCUUACCUUGGUGCAGCCCCAGUGAGUGGAAAUGCCUGCACCAGCUGACCAGGCGUCUUUUGCAAAAACAACUGUUGCACGUCCCGUACAGUCUCGAGUAUGUUCAGUUUGUUCCACUGCUCAACCUGAAACCCUUUGCCCAAGAGCUGCAGCUCUCUGUGCUCUUCUUGAGAGGUUUCCAGUUCCUUUGCAGCCCCAGCUGUUCCAACUGGCUUCCUGCCGAAGGCUGGAGCCAUGUGGUCAAGCUCAUUUGCAGCAGCCUGACCGAUCUGCUUGACUCCAUCAAGGUCCAGUCCCUGUGCCCGUGGGCUCAAGGACAGGAGAAAGACUUGACACAAGAAACCUUGUUUGUUUACACUCAGCUCUUCUGUCACAUCCUCCACAUCAUGGCCAUGCUUCCUGAGGAGGUCUGUGAGCCCCUCUAUGUUCUAGCCCUGGAGAUCCUCUCUUACUAUGAAGUCCUCAGCAAAAGUGACACAUCUACAAAUGCCCUGCUCCGGAAGGCAAAUGAGCAGCACUUCCUCAAAUCCGUCGCCGAGAACGUUGGCCCGAGGGAACAACGGAAAACUUUACUACAGAAGAUCAACAGCUUUUGAUGACCCACACCAGGAAGUAUUGGUCUUCCCUGGAAGCGAGGCAGACUCGGAGCUAGACGGGAUGCAAAAACUUCCUUUCACAAUCCUAGGAAAUAGGAGAGGCAAGAGACACCAAGGGUGCAGUAUAUAAAGAAGAAGAAGAUACUUUCUUGGGCAUUUGUAAUAGUGAUAAUAAAAUUUACCUUUUCUUUUGAA